AUGGCCAUCAACGCGACACGCGCAGAGGAGGCGGUCGCUCGAACCAAGGUGCUUGAGAAGUUCUUCACGCAUGCCGAAAAGCUCGAGAGCGCCGAUGACCGUCAUCUUCUGUUCCCGAUCGGUCCGGCGUAUUACCCGCUGAAAAUCGCCAUCUCCAACCAAAUGCCCUGGCUUGAUGACUACGAAACUAAACCGGCCGUCCCCGAAAGAGCUCUCUUCGAGUACGAGGGUCGACUGUGCAAGACUUUGGACAAGAAUGCCCUCAUUUCAUACUGCUUCUGCAAUGCGGAGACACUCGAAGCCAGGACCGAAGUCCAUCUAGAAUGGCCGGAGAAUUUCGAGGAAAAAUACACCCAGAUCCUGACCGAGAAGAAGGAUAAGUAUACAUAUUGGGCUUGCCGGAGUUCGAAUGUGAGAAUAAGUGCCAUGUCGGCUCAAAGCAUUGAAUUCGUCAUUUUGGAGUUUGAGUACGACAAUUCCUCUGGCAAUCUAAGCUUCCGCAGCGAGCUUGGCUUCUGGUAA